AACUGACGAUCCCACACGUUGAGGAGCCCAUAAUUGCGCCACGUGGGCUAUCCUUGACUGGGUCCCCAAUCCCAGAUGUUGCUUGCCCCACCUCACCUCUCCGGCUCUCUCCCCACCACGGCCACCGCCGCUGAUCAUCCAACUGCCUUCUCACUGAUUUUGUCCCUUACAUAAUUAGAUAGAUUAUGGUGCUAUUGACUAUGCUCUCUCUCGCUUCGGUCUUCACCACACCAAAUUUAUUUAUUUUUAUUUUUUUUUAAAAAUUUUGCGUUAACUUAUUUGCCUGUCUAGCUCAAUAGAAAAUUCCCAACCCCUCCACCUAGAAAACGAAAAAGAUAGUCUAAUGAGUAUAAGAACCAAGUUUAAUAAGUUCCGUUUCGUGAUUCUAUAUUGCGUUGCGGGUUCUCUUCUUUUUCACGGCUUCCCAUCUGGGAUUUUUAUAUUUUUAGUUGAUCAUCAGCUGUAGUGGGUCUAGAUGAUGUAAAGGAGAAAAAAGACUUGUGGAUUUUGCCUUCGAUUAGUGACGUUUUGCAGAGCAGACUGAAAAGAGACAGGGGAGGAGGGGGGGGGGGUUGGCAGCCGGGUAGGGGACAUGGGUGCAUGUGUAUCAAGGCCAGAGAGUUGUGUGGGAGGCAAAUUUGGAGGUUCCAAGAAAAAGUCUAGGAGAAGAAUAAAAGAGGUGAGGAGAAAAGUUCCUUCUCACUUACCUGACCGAUCAUCAUUGGAUAAAUUUGACAACAAGUCUCUUCCUUUGGAUCCCUCCUUCAACAAUCGCACCUAUAAUAAAGGAAGCAUUGAGGAGGACUGGCAUGAUUGUGCUGCAAUACUUGAAUCUGACUGUAGUGAUGAUGAUUUUCAAAGUGUUCCUGAUGAUUUGCUCUCCCUUAAUGGCUGUGAUGCUGCAUCAGUGUCUAGUGUUACUUCUCCCAAAUAUGCCAAUCAAAGACAUGGUGAUGCUAAUGUGCAAUGUGUAUCCUCUAUUGAGCAGCCACAGGGGCAAGGAGACUUGUCAAAUCAGAAUUCUGCUCGGAACUCUGUCAGUGGAGUUUCAAAAAGUUCAGGGCAUCCUAAUGAUUGUGAAUUGCGGGUGAAAUUUGAUGGAUCCUCCAGUGAGGUGCAACCUGUUUUCCUUGAUGAAAUAUCCUCUUCGGCAGAUGAAAGUGCUGACAGGGAGGAUGGCUUGAUGGAUAACUGUGGUAUUCUUCCAAACAAUUGUUUGCCUUGUCUAGCUUCAACUGUCCCAUCUGUGGAAAAGAGGAGAUCUCUGAGCUCCAGUCCUCCAAGUGCUAGGAAAAAGGCUGCCUCGAAACUUUCCUUCAAGUGGAGGGAAGGACAUUCUAGUGCAAAUUUGCUUUCUUCAAAGGCACUUUUACAAAGGCCAAUUGCCGGAUCCCAGGUACCUUUUUGUCCCUUGGAGAAGAAGAUUUCCGACAGUUGGUCUCAGAUUGAACCGAGGACUUUCAAAGUUCGGGGGGCAAAUUAUCAUAGAGAUAAAAGGAAGGAUUUUGCUCCAAAUUAUGCAGCAUAUUACCCAUUUGGUCUCGAUGUAUUUUUAUCUCCGAAGAAAGUUAAUCAUAUUGCUCGAUUUGUGGAGCUUCCAGCCAUAAACUACUCUGGGGCACUUCCUUCUAUUCUUGUUGUCAAUGCUCAGAUACCACUGUAUCCAGCCACAAUUUUUCAAAAUGAAACUGAUGGAGACGGGAUUAGUUUUGUUAUGUACUUUAAACUUUCAGAGAGUUAUGCAAAGGAACUUCCAUUCCAUUUUCAAGAAAGUAUCAGGAGGGUAAUCAAUGAUGAGGUGGAAAAAGUAAAAGGCUUUCCUGUAGAUACAAAUGUACCUUUCAGGGAAAGGUUAAAAAUCUUGGGGCGUGUAGGCAAUGUGGAUGAUCUCCGUUUAAGUGCGCCUGAGCGAAAGCUUAUGCAUGCCUACAAUGAAAAGCCUGUUCUUUCACGUCCGCAACAUGAAUUUUUCUUGGGAGAAAACUAUUUUGAGAUUGAUUUGGAUAUGCAUCGAUUUAGCUACAUCUCUAGAAAAGGUUUUGAAGCAUUCCUAGACCGGCUAAAGCUUUGCAUCUUGGACUUUGGCCUCACAAUUCAGGGUAACAAAGCUGAGGAGUUGCCGGAGCAGAUUUUAUGCUGCAUACGGCUAAAUGAAAUUGAUUAUGCGAAUUAUCAGCAAUUGGAGUUUAGUAAUGAGUCCCUUUAACAGGUGGAGAACUUGUUAGCUUCAAGAUAAUGACGAAUAGUGCAAAACUUCAUUCUACAGCAACUUUUGUUGCCGCCCCGGGAAGCUUAACAUUCUUGGAUACGCCAAAAAUAUAUCUGUGGAUGACAACAAUCCCUUGAAUCUAAAAAGAAAGUAAAUCAUCUGAGUUUUCUAGCAAGCAAAGAGACUGCUGUUAAACUAAUGAAUCUUGAAUAGAGUUCCGACGGUGCUGAGAAUGCUCGUCAUUCUAGACUUUUACACUAAGCAAUGCAAGGUUUCGAUGAACUACUUGGGCCAUCAUGUCCUGCUCCAUCUCUGGGUCCUGAUUUGCUCGGACCUGAAUUCCGGUGUAUUAUUCCCGGCCUCUCACAUGCAACAGUGUAACAGUAGAAAAAAUUUGUGCAUGUUCGUGAGCCAGCUCUGGUUUUCGUUCCUCUGAGGUUGCGUGAAAGACCAUUUUACACACUUAAUCAAGCCAAAACUGGAGUAUGGGGUGGGGGGAAUGAAAUAUAACCUCUAGCCCGCUGGUUCGCUAAUAGCUUGAAGUUAUUGGGCCGCACAGUUAGGCUUGACUUUUGAUAGGGAUAGGCAGACAUGACUGUAUUUAUAAUAAACAGGGUUGCGAAAGUAGAAGAUCAAAUUUCAAAGUUCAGCUUAGUUG